CCCAUCCCUCGCCCCCCCUUCUCACUGGCCGGCCUGUCUCGCCGAGCCGCGGCAGCGGGAGGUUACCCGAGGUGACGCGCAUGCGCGGCGGGGGCGGUGGCCCUUUGGCCGCGGGGCAUUGUGGGCAGUGUAGUCCCGAGGCCAGGCGGGCCGUGCACCCUCGGGCGAGCCGGUGGCGCCCACCGCGCUGCCGCCGCCACCGCCGUCCUCGGCCGGGCGGGGUGGAGCGGGCGGCGGGGGGGGUGCGCCUGCCCGGGGCUCUGCGCGGCGGGGGGCGGCGGGGCUGCCGACUGCGGGCGGCGGCGGCGGCUGAAGGGCAACGGCGGCGAUGGGCGCUGUGGGCUGAUUGGUAAAGAUGGAAAGAGGGAGAGGAGGAGGAGGAAGGAACCUGGGAGGCUCGGGCCUGCACAGGAGCAUUUAUUCCCAGUCUCAGCAGCAGUACCACUACCCGGCCUCCUCUCAGGGGGGCUGCAUGGAGAUCCAGGAGCUGGCCUCCAAGAGGGUGGACAUCCAGAAAAAGCGAUUUUAUCUGGAUGUGAAACAGAGCUCCCGAGGCCGCUUCCUGAAGAUAGCGGAGGUCUGGAUCGGAAGAGGCCGGCAAGACAACAUCAGGAAAAGCAAGCUGACGCUCUCCUUGUCCGUGGCUGCUGAGCUGAAGGACUGUCUGGGGGACUUCAUCGAGCAUUAUGCCCACCUGGGCCUGAAGGGCGGCCAUGGCCACCGGCAGGAGCACAGCAAUGGCAAAGAGCAGCACUUGAGACGGCGGCAGCAGCCCGCUCCGCCUUCGCCUCCAGUGUCAGUGGGCUCUGAGGAGCACCCGCACAGUGUUCUCAAGACGGAGUACAUCGAGCGGGACAACAGGAAGUAUUACCUGGAUUUGAAGGAGAAUCAGCGGGGGCGCUUCUUACGCAUUAGGCAAACGAUGAGUCGAGGACCUGGCAUGAUCGGCUAUUUCGGCCACAGUUUGGGGCAGGAACAGACUAUUGUCCUUCCGGCGCAAGGGAUGAUUGAGUUCAGGGAUGCUUUGGUCCAGCUGAUUGAAGAGUAUGGCGAAGGGGAUGUAGAGGACCGCCGAGGUGGAGGCGAUGAGCCCCCAGAGCUCCCUGAGGGCACCUCCUUCCGAGUGGACAACAAGCGGUUCUACUUUGAUGUGGGAUCCAACAGGUAUGGCAUUUUUCUGAAGGUAAGUGAGGUGAGGCCACCGUACCGUAACACCAUCACUGUUCCGUACAAAGCGUGGACAAGGUUUGGGGAGAAUUUUAUCAAGUAUGAAGAAGAGAUGAGGAGGAUUUACAACAGCCAUAAAGAAAAAAGAAUGGAUGUCAGAGGGGACAGUGGUGAAGAGCAAGAGGGUCUCGAAUAGAGUGCAUUGAACUGGCCGUCUGGCAAAAAAAAAAAAAAAAGGGAAAAAAAGCAGAAAUUGGUGAGAGGGACUGAUAUAAAGUAAUUUGAAGUUGCCCCUUUUUUUUGUAAAAAUCCUUUUUGGGUAGUUGUUACUAACUCCAAUACAUAAUGUUGCAGGAGUCUGGUUAUCAUGUUAAAUUACACUCAAAACAUCUCUCUAUUUCUUAUGAAAUACCAACCUCCCAAGUCUGUAUGAGUCAGCUGCUUCAAGUAUGGAAGACUGUGGAAGUAUGCAUAUCAGCACAAAAAAAAAUUCAACAUUCUAACCUUUAAAUAGUCUAGAUAAGACUUGUGUUGCACUUCAGUGCAAUACAAAAACCUCAUGCUAAAAUAUAUUGGUUUCUGCUUAUGACAGAUUUUCUGGAAAUGAAUUCUGUCUGUGCUCAGUCGAAAGGCUGGGAAACUUAGCCAUAGGGCACUUACUAAAAUAGGCAACUUCAUAUUAACUGCUCAUACAUGUAUGAGGAGAGGUGGACGUUUUGAAAUUGGUGCCUGCUGGUUACUGAAUUUGAAACAAUAUUCUGUAUGGGUAAAAUCUUGAUAACUGGUCAGACCUUUAUAAUGCACUGGUAAAGGGUGGAAGACUUGUUAUUUAAUCGUGCAGUUUUAUGCUGACCAAAAUAACCUGAGUAUCCUGGGAUUGCAAAGCUGUGCUUGAGUUCUAAACCUUCUGAAUUAAUGGCAAUGAAUACUAAUCCAUUCUUCAUCUACGUGUUCUGCCCUUGCAAGGCUGAUGAUUUUUUUUAAUGCAUUUCUCAAAAUUUCAGAAGAUAUUUUUAUAGUAGGUGUGUUAUGGGUUCCAGCAAGUGGCUGUGAAGCAGGUGUCGAAUGAUUGCUGUUACUGAGAUUCCAGGGUUCUCUCCCAAACAGGAGAUUAAUGCAGUUGCGAUGUUAAAAGUGUGAGGAAAGCAUCUGGGCAUUUUUCUCCUCCUUCUGUUAGAAAGACCUUUGGGGGGUUUGGUGCACCAUUUGAUUCGCAUAAAAAUGCAUCUCGAUCAUAUUUAUCUGGAGUAUGUUUUCAAUGCCAUGAUUAAAGCUGUAUCAGGUUUUCUGUCAAGUUGAUUUUACAGAUGUUGUUAUUACAAGGUAAUAUCCAUGUCCUACCAUCGGCUCCUUCCCACCCUGUCAAAGCUGAGGCUAUAAUCACGCGAGCUGAUACCUGAUUGCCUACUAGUAGGACUGUAAAGUCCCACUGAAAACUAUCAGUCUCUGUAACAUCAGUUUUACAGGUAUCCCCUCUUGCAGUAUAAAUCCUCUGCCUGGAGGGAAAAAUGUGUGGAAUUACCUGUUCAGGAGGCUUGAAGAAGGUUUUUCAAAAUUCUUUGGCAUUUCUCCAAAGAUAAAUAUGUAUCAUUUAAGGGACUUUCUUGGCCACUGGGGGACCAGUUCUCUUCCUUCUGAAAUCAAUGGGAGUAUGACUGAGCUCCAGAUACUUUAAGUAACGUGUUGCCUACUAUUAAGAUUUUUUUUUAAGUAUGCAUUAGUGUAUUGAAUCAGAUAUUUAUAACCAUGUGAAUUGUUUUUUACAGAGUGGCCUCGUGUGCAUGUGGACCAGCUACUUUCUGAUCCAACCAUUACAUGUUCUCUCUAAUCUGUUUAGAAACAAAUUUACCUGAAACCAAACCAUACUUCACUCUUAGUUUGAACCCACCUGCACGCUACAUGGCCACAUGAAAUCCAAAUGCUAUUUUCUGUUAUGUCAUUAACCAUAACAAGAAAGGUUGGGUAUGCGGGGGUGGGAACUAAGAGAAUAAUCUGGACUUAAGUUUGGAUUCUAAAAGUAGUCAAUUUGUUUUAACAAAAAAAAAAAAAAGAAAAAAGAAAAAAAAUAUAAGCUUGCACCAAAGUCACCAAAGAACCUUUAGGAAAAAUGUUACGGUUGUGACAGGAAGUAAGAAAGUUAAUUUCACUGUUUUAGGUGAUAUCCCCUUUAUGUAAAAUCACAUACAGCAGUUACUGCAAACAAGGAUUUGGCUUAAUGUCAAAACUACCAUCCUUUUACGUGUAGAUUGUUCUUUCAGGUACUUUUUAAACGAUAUCAGAGGUUUCUCAUUCCACCACUUGAACUGCUAGUGGACCGUGAUGGAUCAGCUGGAGGUUAUAUGGGUCCUGGUUCAUUUUGGCUUUUAGGGCUUUGGUCCCAAUGUUUUUAGCAAGUCAAAAAUGAUAUUAAAAUAAAUUGGUAUCAUAUUGUUGGUAUGAAACCAGAGUUUAGCGAAUGAUUUGUUGAUGCAUAAGUUAGCAUAUCGCUGACUGCUGCUGCCCAUCAUAGUGCCUGGAGCAAAGAGUAACUUAGCAGAGAUACCAACCAAUGGGAGCUAUGAAUGUACAAACUUUUAACGCGUGCUUUCCCUUUCACGUUCCUAUGUGGCAUUCCUCCCCUAUAAACUUGACAUCUUCCAGUCAAAGCUAAAUGUUUGCCUCAGUGAAUAGUAAAAGCUCCUAUGUUGGAAUUUGCCUAAGUUACGCAUAUGUUGUGAGUGAUCAUGCAUUCCAUGUGUUCCUGUAGAGUUAGUGAAGAAAAUAUUUGCUACAUGCAAGGUGAUUAAAAAGGUAUCUUUUCUUCACAGAUUUAAAAAAAAAAAAAAAAGAUGCAAAAUGGCUUUCACUAUUGCUAUCCGCUUGCCAUUUUGACUAAUGGGUAACUAAAUGCAAUCUGGCUGCAUCUUAGUUAAACUGAGAUCAGCAUCUGCUUAAACCAUUUUUUAAAAAUUCUUUUACUGUGUUCAUUAAUUGGCCUUCUAAUUGCAUUAGGUUAUUGUAAAUAUGGCCCAGGAAAUCAGCAUCUGCUGGCUACUGGGUAGGGCUCAAUUCUGGUCUGCAGGAUUAACUAAUGCAUUUACUCUCCCCAAGCAGGUUGCACCUUAGUAUCUGAAACUGGAUCGAGAUCUUCAAGUUAAUACCAAUGGGUAAACUGCAAGUGAACGGGUUUCCACAGAAACGUAAAGCACUGAUGUUUGCAAAUGUUGUCAUUUGAGGAUAAUAACAGACUAACUCAAAAUGUAGCAAUGCAAGAUUAUAAUGGUUAGAUUUGGAAACGGGUUCCUCAUUAUUUUUGGCAGUGCGUUUUCAACUUUUGAGGGCAGCAAUAAUGUAGGCUGCUUGUGAGCAGAAGGGCCCAGUGCAAUGCUUAGGAAUGCUGAAUUCCUAAUGCAUUUUAAAUUUUCAUUCGUUCUGCCCUAAAACUGCCAUGUCCCUUAAACUUGAGAAAACACAAGCUUAUUUGCACUAGAAAGAACGGCCAAAAACAAUUCUAGGACAGGGUGAAGAGCACCAUUCUGAACCUCUUUUUCUCAUGAGAGAAUUUCAUAUUUAAGCCCUCACCUCUGUUGCAAAAUUGUAUGGUCCAGGCAGAAAGUCUGUCAGUUCAAUAAUAAAAUCAUAAUGCACUUUAUAUUGUGUAAAUAAUAGGAGCACAUUUCUGCUACUGGUCUGGUAGGGGGUGCUUCGGUAAUGUAGUCUAAGAAAGAAGUUGUCUCCUGCAUGCACAUGUCUGUUAGAGAUCUAUUGUUGCUUGAUCCAGUUCCAUUCAUACGUUAGAGAAGGACAGGCACUGUAUUAAAAUCCAACCAGAUCACCAAGAGUCUGGUUUUUAUUUUGAAUUUUCAGAGCUGCUGAGCGUCCACAGCUCUGGACAGCCUUCACUGUCAUUGUGGAUUCUCAGGAAUUCUGUACAUCGGGCCCUGAAUGUUUAUGUUGAGAUUUAAGCAUAUGCUUUUUACCUGUGAUCUUGACAAAGCUGAGUUCAGUCACUCUGUGCUACUUGGCUUUCUCUGCUGUUGGCACAGAAGCUCUCGCAGGCCCUGGGAAGUUCAUUGCGGGUGCAAGGGACUACGUGGGCUUCUCUUGCAUUGCAAGGCAACAGUCGGUGUUGACUCCAGCCCAUUUAGCGUAAACUUGCUUUCAUGCUAAAGUACUAUUACAGUAGAGCGCUCGGGAAGAGUCGGAAAGCUUUCUGCACUGGUGCAGCAAGGCUCACCCACAGGAGGUCCCAAAACCGGUGACCGUGUAGACUGUCCCACUUGACAAAAUGCAAAAAAAGGUGACAAAACCUUGCAGAGAGGUCCAGCCCGGGCCCUGCUGAAGCCCUGGCCUUGCUCUGACGCCAGAGAGGGGCUUGCUUUCAAGCAGCGAAAGGUAAAAACACUGACCCAUAGCCUGGGUGCAUAUUUCGGAUACAUCUCCAUGAUGCUUGUGGUGUACUUUACCUAGAAAGAAGCUGCGGUGGUAUUGGUAAUCUGCUCUUUGUCAUAAAUGUUUUAUAUAUAUUCAAUAUAUAAAAAUUCAUAUUUACAUAUAGGCAUUAAUAUAUUUAUGUGUGUGCAUAUCGUACCCUGUAGUAGCUCAUAGCGAAAUAAUCUAUUUAUCUAAAGAACACAGUCUAAAGAUGGGGUGUAAAAGGCAGUUUCUCCUACUACGAGUUUGGAUAAACACGUUAUUUCACUGAGAGCUGUUCGCAUGGUGCUUAUCAUGGCCAUUUUAAGAUUUCUGCUUUUGAGUGCUUUCAUCUGGUUUUCAGUGAAGGUGCAAGGGAAAAAUAGCUGAAAAAAGGAAAAUCACAUACUUUGAGGCACUGUUCGGUUGAAGCAAGAGCUGUGCUUAACUGACAGCUGCAUGUACUGCAGGCCGCAUUUUAAAAUCCCCUAACUCUGCAGACCUUUAGUACAAUGUUCAUAAAAUCCCAAACAUGCCGUUAAUGUUACAAAACUAGCCUUUAUGUAAAAAACCAGGCAAUUACCAAAAUCAGUGUUGGCAUACUUUUUUUCUGCUACAGACAUCUUAGUCUGAUGAUUGCAUCAUUUUUCUUCCGUGGCCUAUUUGAGUGACCUAAACUCAUGGGGCAGAGAGUUGGUAGCAGUUUGGAAGCCUACUGCUCAGUGGACUUACAGCCCUUUUAUGCAAAAGUGUAGUAAUUUUUAUAGCAGAGAAAGGUUUAUUAUUGUGUGUUUUUAUUGUGGAGAUCUUGCACCUUCUGGAAAAUGAAGUAAUAAGCAGAUUUUAGCUCCAUUGCAUUCAUACCUUUUUGCUGUUCGUACCGUACAUAUGUAUGUAUAAUUUAUACAAUAAUUCUUAAAGAAGAGUAUAUCUUCCAUUUAAUUUUCUAUGCUGUUUCCUCCAAAAUUAAAAUGGCCUUUAUUUUUAAUUACUUAUUUGUCGUGGUAUUUAAAAUUCACCUUUCCCCUCCUGCCACUCCAUUCCCUUUUUAUCCAAAUAAGAGUGAAAAUAGGGACUACACUUAACAUAUCAUAACAUAUCAUAAACUACUUCCAUUUUAGUCCUCUUCAUGGAUGAAUUCAGCAGAAAUCUUGGAAAGAUCACAAUAACACAGCUAAGGAUUUAGCAGUUUGUGUGGAUGUAUAUGUAAUAAUGAAUACGUCCAAUAUCUUGACAAACAUUCCCAUUUGCAAACACAAGUGAAGUUGUAGUCCAACAGGCUUUGCUGAAAUAAAUAAUAUUAUUGGAGUUAAUCCUAGCGACAUGAACACUUAGAUUGCAGCGCAAAGCCAGUCCGAUGUAUCUCGUGCUGCUUUACAUCCAAAUUUUCCCAGAUAUGCUGUCUUUUUUUUCCCCCAUAGGUUUUGUGCAUGUGGGAGAGAAAAGAGAGUGUGGCCAUUCCAUGAGAUUUCCAAGUAGGAGCUGUCUGACAUUAGGAAGCUCAGACACAUGGCUUGUGCGCCCCGUCCCAUCUGAGAUUUCCCCCGGGGGAAUGUGCGAGCCUGAAACAUUUCGAUAAUUCCUCUGUAGGCUCCGACCUUAGGCCUCAUCCUGCUGGGUGGGCACUUUGGCAACAGAUUUAAGCCAGUCUCCUUUAUGAGUGGAUGCCGCAGUAUCCACAAGUUAUUUCUCAGUUGUUUUUCCAUAGGUAUGCCUAUAGGGCAUAUUCUCUGUUCAGCGAUGGCUGUAUGUUAUUUAUAAUAUUAAUGCUAUCUGUAGUAGUCUCUUCGGUUGACCCCAUUGUUCUUUUGUUUUUGUCUGGAGUCAUUAAAAUUUCUUUGCUUAAUUGCAAAAACAAAAACAAGCAAGUUUGAGUAUCUGGAGAAACCUAAGAUUUAUCUGUAACACUUUUUUGUUCUUUAUAGUUGUGAAACUAGGGUUUUGUGAACUUUCUUCGUUUCCCUCUACAUCCUAAGUGCUUGUAGUUUGUUAUCUCUUAAUCUGUCAGUGCUAUGAAAUCAUAGCUGCCGAUGUUGUUUAUAGUAACUGUCUUGCCUCAAAACAGCUGAAUUCUUUAGUGAUCACAGGAAAAAGCCCCUGCCAUGGGACAAGGUGCUUCUGGACUCAGGCAUUUUGAAAAAGUUAAAGCCAGAUCUUUUACCACUGUAUCUCUUGAAAGUGUGCAGAAGAUUUAAUAGGCUGACACCAAUUUUUAGUAAGUCAUUUUGGUGCUAGCAGCUGUCAUUGUAAUAGAAUUGUUCUUCCUAAUAUUUUGUCACACCCAUGUUCAGUUCCCCACCUGUAUCACCAUAAAGACAACAAUAUUUAUUAAAUCUAAAUUCAAAAACUCCCCAGAGAGCAGUCUGUUCUGUGAUAGGUAUAGCUAACUUGAAUGGUUUGCAUGUAAAUUGAACAUAGCUGUAGUGGCAUGCAAGACAAAACACAAACAGUAGUGUAGCCAAAAUAGUGUGUUUUCAGUGAAAUUCCAGCUGAUGAAAUGUGGCAGAUGAACAAAUUGUAAGGUAGCUUUUCUUUGUGAUGCUGAAAAGCAUACCAAAAGCAGCUGUUUGGCCAGAUUUCAGUGGGGCGGUUUUUCCCUCUGACUCUUCGAGCAAUUCACAGUCCAAGUGACACAUCUGUUUCACAGGCCCAGCACAGUUCUUCCACGCCUGGCUGGAGAAGCUCGUCAGCCACAGCUACUAAUAAUAACAAAAGUACUUUCUUGUCUGGCUACACAUCAUGUUUGUGUUCUUCCGUAGAGAAAUACUAUUUUCUUUUUUUUAAGUAAAUGAAAGUCAUAGAUGUCAUAGUCAAAGAUAGCAUAAAAAUUGGUUUUCCAAAAAUAUCAGGUUUUAGCACUUUGGUAUGAUUUUGGCUUUUCUGCAGUUAGUGCAAUUGGAUUGUUCCUUCCAUGUGCUGAGGCAUCAUUUUAAACAUAAACCCCAAGCCUCAUGGGUCUUUUAUUUAUGUUAAAUUCUGGACCUUUAUACACUGGAUUUCUUUUCUGGCCUUUUCCUGCUUCUUGUAUGUGUUUUGUGUUUGUGUUGUACGCAGAGGUCCUGGCCUGGGGCACUCACUGGGGUGUCUGGGCACCACUCUGAUAAGACUGUCAUUAAUGACACUCCGAUUUCCCUUCCUCUUUGACAGGCUACCUCUAAACACUUAAAGUGGCAAAUGGGAAUUGCUAACUCUUUAGAAAGUAGCCACUUUAAACUCUUUGCAGAAACAUACUCUGUCUUUUAGACAUCUCAGACCUACCCUAUACACUAGUAGUCAACAGGGAAGGAUAACAGCUCCUGGGUGUUAGUUCUUGGUUAGAAAUACUGCCAGUUAGAUUGGUUCCUUAAUCCAUGUGGAGCAAAUUUGUCCUGUAGGCAGAAAGACUUUGUGUCUAGGUGUUUAUUAAUCUUGGUAAUUUACUAUAGGUGGAUUAAUUUGAGAAAAAUAUCACUCUUCAUGUCAGUUGAUUGAGGGCAGCUAAGGCUUUCUGCCCAACCUCACUAAGCACAGUGCUGAUAUAACAUGUAUGAAUUUAUAUAUGUAAGCACACAAAUUAGCAUAGAGGGGAGAGAGAAAUAUUUUAUAUAUAUAUAAAAAUAAAUAUAUAUACACAGGUAUAUAUGUAUGUAUAUAUAUAUAAAAUAGUAAUCUUUUUCCUGUUUCCAAUAGGUCCUUCACUUUGGAUACUUAAAUUUUUAAAUGUUGUCUUUUCCAUUUUCUACAUCAGAUAUGUCCAACGUGCAAUAUGAGCAGGGAGACAGAUCUCAUAAGCAAUAUCAGCCGAGUCUGCUAUUAAUGCUAAACCUUUACAAGUUAGUUCAAUAGACUCUCCAUCUGAAAAUGGCAGAGAGGCUGCAGGGUAAAGGCACGGGUUAAUCCCUGGCUCCUGUGGGUAUCCUCAUCUGGUCAUAUUUUUAGCGCACGCUGUUGGCAAGGCACAGCAGGGGAGUAAGAGCAGAGCGAAGUGCUUCCCUCUGAGGCAGAGGAAGGGAAAGGGAGCGGGGGGGAGAGAGCAGCAAGGGCACGACUCCUGCGCCGGGGAGCUGCGGGGCAUGGCAACUGGUGUCUGUGAUGCCAGGAAUCCGUGGUGCCAUUAGUACUGGAAGGUGUUUGCCCGCAGAACGGGGCAGAGCACCCGAAUCCCAACCCCCCUUGCGGGGACCAGGUGCGGGUCUCCUGCUGCUUUGGGGCAAGUGUGUCCAGCAGUAGUGCACUGCUGCUGGGUGGUCGGCCAGUCCGAGAUUCUGCAGUCCUGUGGGCCUGAAGCAUUUAGUCUUGCCAAGUCAGGGCAAUCAGGGCCAAGUCUAUGCACAUGAUGGAAAUACUGCUUUUCACUUUGCUUUUCGCAAGACUCAAGUAACUUCAUGUUUACUUUGCUAGAGGAGACUUAGGCUUGCACAGGGUACGUGUGGUAGCUUACGGGAGCAUACAAGAGUUGGUUGCCUGCUGAGUUUGCUCAUGCAUCUUGAUUUAUGCAUGGUUUUGUGUGUUUUUCACAGGAGCCUUGCUCCACUUGCUGUUUUGCCUGCCUAAUGCUCCAGGAACUGUUUGGGACUAUGUAAUGGAGGACAACAUUAUCUGUAGAUGUAAUGUAGACAUUAUCUGUAGGGCGGCUGCUCUUUUUCUGUUGCAGAAGAGGAAAGGUGUGGCAAAAGCUGGAGGGGAUUAGAGGGAAAUGGCCCCUAGUGAAAGCAGCUUUCAAGAAACAAAUUCUGUGCCUGGCUUUGCAAAAGGGUUUGUGUCAUUGUUAACAAGACACUUUGCAGAUGAUCGCCCCAUGUAUAGCCUGAUUUUUUUUCUGGACACCAGUGUUGGUACUCCAAAGAAGUGAUCAGUGUUAAUGGCUGUUGAAAACUGUGCUUUCAAAAAGCAAAGUGCUGUAUAAUUGCAAGUACUGUGGAAAAUCUGUCGGCAUCUCAAGCCAGGCCCUCCUGAUAAUGGAGACUGCAUAAUUUUGCCUUUAUUCUGCCUGUGCCUAUGUUCCCUGCUGAUCAGAUGGGGCAACUGAUACUUCCCUACCUCAAAGGGGUAUGAUAAAGAUAAGUUCAUUUGGGUUUGGAGUUUGAGAGAUGAUCUGGUACUGAUCAAUACUGAUAACCUCCAAAAGCAAAGCAAGAAGAAUUUCAGUGAGGAACAUACUGAGUAGAUAUUCAUGCAGUGUUUGGAAGGUAGACAUAGAAUAAGCUUGCACUGUGCACAAGAUGGUGAAUGAAAAAGAAACCUGUAUGCUGGAGAAGGGAAAAUUGUAAGAGAUAGUGUAAUUAAACUCUCUAUGCAUAUGUCCAAAGGUCGGAAUUAAGGUUACUCAGACAGUCCUUAAUUCUGGCACUUCCUGACUUGAUUGCUUGGUUUUACAGCUUUUUUUUCUCCGCUGUUUUGUAUGAAACUACACUGGCAUGUUGUCUUCUCGCAAAAAAAUGCUGGGUCGUUAAACAGUUUUGAUUUGCUGGUGUUGAGCAGAGCCUCUCCUUUGCCUCAGACUUCCCUUGUCUUCCACAAGACCAUGAGAAGUCCAAGGACAAGGAGGAUGAGAGGAUGUUUUAUAUGAUGUAUUAAAAUAGUGCUGGCAGGGCUGUCAGCUGUGUUCCCCCAUACAAAGGUCAGACUGGCUAAGCCAGACCAUUCCUCACCCUGGUUUCCAACCCAGCUGGCACUCAGCAGUCUGCAAAAAGUUAAAAGAAAGUAAUUCAGUUGACACUAAACUUAAAUUUGCUAUCUGAUGGUCCUUACCUAUAAUAGUAUAUUUCAGGGUCUACACAGCAAAGACCAUCUAUAUGACAAUUGGUCAAAUCAGCUUUUCAAGAUCUCCAGUGAUGGAUAUUCAGAGCCUACUAUAGAUAAUUUUCCUCCUAUCGAACCCAUAUUUCGCUUGCUACCAUCUAAGUCUGUUGCUUUUAGUCUUUCGGGCAUGUUCUGUGAGAGGAGAUCUGGAAACAGGUUGUUGCCUUCCUUGUUGCAGCGUUUUUACAUAAUUGAAGACUGUAGUCAAGUCUCUCCUGCAUCCUUUCCUAAACAAAUACAAAGCCUUCCACCAAGGGUAGUUUUUAGCCCUCAUCUAGUUCUUGUUGCUUAAUCUGCACUCUUUCCGAUCAGUCCAUCUCUUUCUUGAAUCCAAAACUGGGAGAAGUACCUUCACUGCCAUCUUACCAGCUUUGAGCAGAAGGACUGCAAACACUACAAGGGCUUGUACACCCAAAAUGCUGGGUUUUUGUGACAGCACCUUGUUGACUCAUGCACAGUUUGUAACUGUGUCUUCCCAGGUCUUUUUGGUAGAACUGCUACCAAAACAGGCAUUUCUCACUCCAUAUCCAUACAGAGGCUUUUAUUCAGCUUUAGCACAGAAGCUUGCAUUUAUCCUGAGCGAGUUGCAGCUUAUCAUUUUCCAGAUAGAUCUUGACAAGCUCAAGAAACAAUCUCAGUUCUAAUCCCACCCCUCUCUGUGCUUCCAGUCCUGCCCAGGUAUGUGCCAUCGGCAAGGUAAAUCAUUCUUACCCAUUAUCAAAUCAUUGGGUCAGACAGGGAAGAGUGCAGCACCCAGGGCAGACCUCUUCAGCACCUCGCUUGAUGCAUCCUACCAGAUCAACUGUGAUACUAAUUAAAAAGACUAAUUACAGAAAUCAUAACCACUUUCUCUGUGAGGCUGUGAUUUUUUCCAACUGCUGGCUUUUGGUUUUCCCUGCUUUUCCCAAGUAGGCCAUACAGAAAUACUAUAGAAUACUAUAAAAAUACCACAGUACAAAUUUUACACAAAACUUUGUGAUAUACAUCUUUUUUGUAAGGCAGCAGAACACAGUCUAACAUUUAUGCCUCUGCUUAUCUCUAAAUAGGACAUAGAAGAAUAGCCCAUCAACAGGCAUUCUCAUAAAUAUUAAAGUUUUUUUAUUGACAUUCCCUCCACCAUCUUCACAAUAUUUAUGAUUUAUAUGGAUUGUUUCAGAGGUCAUGCCCUUGCUAUCUGUAGGCUCUCCUUUUUAGGCAUCCACAGUCUUGGGUUAACCAUGAGUGUCUGAUGUGGAGAAAAAAUGUGUUACUGUAAAUUAGCCUUUCCAAAUCCUGGUAAGGUAGAAACUGGCCAUGAUCUAACUGGCAAAAGAAAUGAUAUUGGAUGAACUAUGAUGUUCAAGGUGUGAGAGUUUCCUGUAGUAUAAACAGGAUAUCUGUUUAAGCACAAACAUAAAGAAUGCAUCUAGUGAUCAUGUAAGCCCCAUGUGUCAAUUUAUUUUGAAGUAUAGGUUUUCCCUUGUAUCCCCAAAUCUUCAAGGAUUGUUACAUCAAGAUAUAAAAAUUAUUUUCAUCAUGCAGUAAUUUAAAUAGUCAAUGAAAAUACUUGCAUGAACUUUAUUAGUGCUAAUUAUGUUUUUGUCUAAAUUGGCAUUCAUCUGUGCUCUUUCUGCCACCUUUUUUCCUCUCCUGCCAUCUCCAUUUGUGUUUGCAUUGUCUUUCCCUCCUCAUGUUACUUCUGUGUCUUUGAUUUUUGGUGGCAUCAUUUCUGCAUUGCUCCCAGUUGUUUCAUACAAGUUGGGAUCUUGAAGUAAAACUGGACGGCUCUCAGAUUUCAGUUUUCUGAUGGAGAAGGUAUGACUGUCAGUUUUCUAGUUUUUUGCCUGUCAAGAGUUUUUAAAACCUCGCUACAAGUCAUCUUAUGUUCUCAAGAAUGACAGUCUGCAACUAUUUUAAAUAGGGAAUGGAAACACAUUGUUCUUAGUGGGUAAAAUCCUGGCUUUUUGGAAGUCAGCAAGACUCUAAACGUUGAUGUUCACUCACAUCUUCUACCUGAGCUGUUCCUGCUUCCUCCAGAUAAGUUUUAGGCACAUCUUGUUAUUUCCUGGAUGGGGAGCUACAUGUUACACUGUAUAGUGAGUGUUUCGCAUAUCAUGUCAUAACAUAGCUGUAUCACCACCUCUUUCCAAGCUGUGCUGCAAGCAGUGCCCAUCCAGUGAUGCGAGGUAACUGACUGAAGAGCUCUCAGUUUGUGUUUUUUUUCCAAGUCUCAGAAGCUUCAGCUGUGUGGAAAGUUAAUUGGAUUUUCCUUAGUAACAUUUUUAUUGCAAGGUGAUCCAACAGUUUUGUGUAGAUAUAACUAUAAAGAAGUUCCUUCUAUUCUAUGCAGGUUCUCACCUGGCUCUAAUCACUUGACAUAUAUAUCUGAGCGCCUUCCAGAAGUGCGGUUAAACGUAUGACUGACAUCUGUCACACAGCAGGUGUUCUUUCUUUCAUUCUCUUCCUAGGGGGAAUACUGAAUCUGCCAGUGUAGUCCUGGUAUUUUUAACAUAAAUUAAUUAUCCAUGCUGUUCGCCAUUAAUGUCAUGAAGGGUGAGCUGCAGCACAAUUCGUGCAAGCAGUGGCAGACCCCGAUGACUUCCCAUCACAGGAGCAGACCAGAUGGCUGGUUCCUAGGUGGCCACAUUUGGCUUUGGCACUCAAGGCUUUCACUAUGGAGAGAUUUCCUGCUGAAACUUGAACCAGCUCAAAACUAUGGGAGAGGGCAGUUUGGGGGGUUGUUCACAUGAUGAUACUUUAGAUAUCUGAUGUGAGUGCCCCCAGUCACCUUUCCAAGGCACCUAAAUCAUAUGUGCUUAAUCAGCCUUUCUCAGUAGCCCCCAAAGUCUCCAUAAGACUGACGUGGUUUACUAGAAAUAGCUUUGGCAGCUGGGCUCUGCCCAAUUCUUCCCUGCGUUCGGUGUCCCGGGCUCAGCGAAGCCUGAGGUCUCUCUCUAAACAGUUACUACCUGAUGUAAAAAAAUCAUCUCUUCUCCCGAAAGCUUAGAGGGGAGGUAUAAGGCCAGAGGCAGCACAGAGGCUCGGAUGAAGGGGAAGUAAUAAAGCAGGACUGGCUUGCAGGUUGGGCUGUGGUCUCGGCAUGUGCCACAGGCUAGUGCUGAAUCUUUUGCAGUAUUUUUGUUUUGUUUUAUUAAUGAGGGACUUGAAGGAGAACAGUUUUGUGGCUGGUUUUGGAGACUCCUCCCAAGCAUGAGGAACAGUUCUCUGAAAAAGGUAGUACCAACAAGCAGGGUUUGGCACAUUAGUCUGCUCAGAAGUGGGAAACAGCCUGUUGCUGUCAAAUGGGAGAAGGUACAGGAUGGGAAUUAGGAAGGACUUGAAAAUGAAGAUUAGUGACUUUCGAUGUGCCAGAGGAAGCUUUUUCUUCUGAUUGUCACGACAGUCAAGGCACCCAAAGAUCAACUUUGAGCAGUUUCCAAUGGCGUGACGCCAUUUUCAGAUAACAGGUCUGGGCAGAGCCCCCCUCCGCCAGCUAAUUUCUUUGGACCGUAACCUCCUCACAGUUGUUGCUGCCCACUGCACUCACACUGCCCCUAGCCCAGGAUCAGAAACAGCAGCCCAAGGCAUCUCCUCUGGGCUACAGUCGGACAGCAUCACCUGUCUCAAACCCUCAGUGCAAGCUCAUCUCUCAUCCACAGAGCUUCAUAGCAUCCUUUAAGAGAAAAUGGUGUUGACAGGAGCUGGCCUUUUUAAGAGAAUGUGUUUUUCUUCCAGGAGUGCUAAUCUCAAAGGCUAAAGGAAGCACUCACUGUUGGGUCCCAUUCUCCAUUUCAUGUGUCUGAGGAUAACAGUGCUGGCAUUUCAAAAAUGCCUCAGAGAGCAGAAUUUAUUGUGUUUUCUGAGUCUAGUACUCCCUGAGAAAGUUUUUUAUAAAUGUAGUCUAAAAAAUGAUCCAGCCUUAUUCAUUCCUGAAAUUUCACAGAUUGUUUCCAAUAUGUUUUUCCAUAAAGUCAGAGUAUCUUCUAAAUUUUGCUGACAUUCUUUUAUAAGACCUUAAUAUUGCAAACCAGCUCUAACAGGUUAGGCAGAUGGCAUCUUGUCAUUUACUUUUUAAUCUACACUCACGUCAAAUAAAUUUGCAGUCACGUCUGUUCCUCUUGGCCUGGUCUUUAUCGAUAGUUUUUUGAGUCCUGCAAGGUACAGCAAUAUCAUUUUGUCCCCCAAUUUUCAUGAGGCCUGAAGUAAUUUUCAAGUCACAUGCUCGUGUUAUUUCAUCAAGAGCACAAUAAGCAGGAAGCUUUUAAAAUUGCAGAUUGCAGCUCAUAGUCGAGACUUACAUUGUCAUGUAAAAAGAGAAAAAUCAUUUCAACCGAGCGUACAGCAAAUGCCAUAUCAGAAUACUUAGCAGAAGUUGUGCUGUGUUACAGUGUGUAAGGAUUCAUGCGUGAACAUGAAAAUAAUCUGUAAAAAGGGCUUGAAAUAAUUCCUAGGCUUCCACUUGUCCUUUCAUCCGCCUGCCAGGAAGGAUGUCCUGAGGUCCUAGGGCCCGGUUUCUCUGGGCAUCCAAACCCCAAGCUGUCCUGAUGGGUACAUGGAGGGCACCAGCUUUUGUAGCACAGCUCUGGGCCCUUUUCUUUAUCUUCCAGACAUGAGUUAAUUGCAGGUCAGUUCCUGCACCACUAAUUCUGGACGUGGGGCAAAAAAAGGACAUACCUUUCUGAGAGACAUGCUUUCCUCCAGUCCUCUUCAGGCUUUGGGGAUGUUCCUCCUUCCUAUAGGUCCAGGGCUUCGCUGUCUUUUCUGGGUUCUCAUAUAGCCUGUAGUUACCUUCCGUCCCUCAUAUUUCCAUUGCUCUCUGUUCUCAAGAAACAGCUGAGUAAAACUGCACUUAUCCCCAUAAAGAAUUAUGGUCUCAUUUUCAUGUUACUGCUGGAUGCAGUUUGUCCACAAGACAGCAGAAGCACAGAGCUAGUGUUUCAGAUUCAGAACAGCGGUGCCGCCUCCAUUCAUAUCUUGGGAGGUGUUUUUGUUUUUGGAAAUGCUCAGGUUUCAGUUCUUCAGAAGAUGACAAUCUAGCCCCUUGCUCUGCUAGCCGGAAGAUCUAGCCGGUGGCCAGGGGCUACCAUAGAAAUAAAUUCUGCAGCAUUAUGUAAAAAUCUUAGUAGUAAAAUUAUAGAUUGUUGCCGUAAAAAUACACAGAAGCAACCAUUUACAGUUUCUGUGUAUCAAAUGAAACUCAGUGUGCAGUGAGCAGACGUAUUUCUGUGUGUGAUGCAUCCACAGUGGUUCCUUUUUUUCCUUCCAGAUUUGUGAGUACCACCAAGAUUUUCAUAGCAAUGAUCAGAACAGAUAUUUGCAGCAGAACUGAACUGCCUCUGAGGACAGUCUGUUUGGUGAGGUGCCAGUAAACUCCAGGAAGAGUUUGAAAACUGCCGGCGCUCAGCUGCUGCCAAUUUUAGAACAGCUUUUCCCAGGCACGGGCUGCAGUAGGGCUGAGCUGCCAGAGUCCUGGCAAAAGUGUGGCUUGGGUUCUGUGAAGUUACUUGUGUAUGGAUAGGGACUCCACUGGAAAAAACUCUGAAGGGCUGUUUGAAGGCAUGUAUAUGGCAUUGUCUGCCACAGUAUUAUGCCUGAAAUAUCCUACCUUCGUAGUCUUUGGUAAAUUUGUACUAUUAGAUUCUUUAAGAGCUCAUACCUCCAUUAAUGAAUGCUUACCGUGUGCUGGAUUUGAAACACAUUUCAAAGCAGACCGAGGUCGUGUACAGCAGCAAACUGAUGAAGAAGUCUUAAUUUAGUUCACUGUAUUAGUCCGUAUCCUGUAUCCUAAAACUUAGUUAAGAUACGCUGCUUGCUUUUCUUCUCUCUUCGCCUUUUGCAGUGGGUGCAGGGUUAUCCUAGUUCGCUAUUUAGACCGGGCACUGCUUCCAAGCAGUUGCAUGCUUCUUGUGUUCAUUCUUGAUUGCAUAUGCAAUUGCCACAAAACUUCUUCCCUUUGAAUUUCUUCCAAACCUUAUACUUGCUGUGAUAAUCAAUAUCAACAUAAUAGACGCAGCAGUGCUCAGCACCCUCGCAUGGUUUAAUUGUACGUGUUGCGUGGCCCAGAUUGCAGGUGAUCAUUUUGUCCACCUAUCUGGAAAAUAGAGACGUACAUGGGAUGGACAGACAAUACACAUGACAACACAGCUUAGGAUACCCAAACUGCAAUGAAAAAGCACUUUCUUUUCUCAGAGACCUGGUGGCGGGAGGGUUGCUAGGGCUGACUGUCGUGUUCCUCUAAGCUCUGAUGCUUUUGCAUAUUCAGAAUGGUAAAUACCAGGGGAGGAACUAAAUGCCCAAUCCUAAAACUUUGUUUGACUAAAGCAAUUAUAUGUUUCUGGUUUCUAAGUGCUCACUAGAAAGUGAAUUUUCUCACAUCCAUCUCCCAAAUCAUCAAAAAUUCUUACCUUUAAGUCCUUUAAAGCCUUAGUGUGUCUCCCGUUGAUGUGAUCACUCUCCUUCCUCUCUGAGUUAUAAAAAGGGAGGCAAAACCUUUUGCUGAACCCUUCCCAAAUGUUCUUUGAGCUUUACAGUAGUUAGUGGUGAACUGUUACACUUGAAGAAACUGCCUUCGCCUGUCUGCGUGCAGGCUCAGAGCUUGUCCAUAAAUUUUACCCUACAUUUUUACAUGAACCUCUAAAUACUGCAGGUAGCUUUUUUUAAUUUGAGCAUUUAGUUAUACCCACUCCAUCCCCAACUGUGUAAUGUGCUUUUAUUUUUGUUCUCAUUCCUGGAGAUAAUUAAUAGCCUUGGUUCCCUCUUUCCCUAUGCUUUUGCUAACUGCAGCAGCCAAUAAGUCAUGUAGGAAAAAAAGAUACAUAGUUGGCUGUAUUUUUUCCAGGCAGUUGUUUUCCUCUAUGUCUCUGUGGUAUGCUUCAGCGUUAACUAUUCCCCUUGCUAAAGGCAUCCUGUUCUGCACCAGUCACAUGCCUGUGCAGCCAUUGCGUGAACGAUGGGAGUUUGGGAGAUGUUAACUGCAGAUUGAGGCAGGUUCUUGUCAUGUUUUUGGUCAUGUGGCAGCAAAAUGGUGGUUAUUCAGCCAUACAGUGAUUCCAGCUCAUCCCCUCUGUGCUCAUUCUCAUGUUGAGACAGGUUGCACAAAUCAGUUACCGGGGGAAGAUUUGAUUGUGAACUUACUGUAAGCUGGUUGCUUGCUGGUAUCAGUAUGCAAUGUCUUGCUUGUAGUCACUGUAUAACAGCUUCCCCAGGGAGGAAUGUGAUUGCAUCUGCUGAACUUAGACUCCUGCUUCUCACCACAGCUGGCCAUUGUGGCUGGAUUCUUUGUUAUGUGCAACCUCAAUUUUGUUUCAUUUUUGUUUCCUUGAAUGCAGAAAUAGGCUGUAGCCUGCAAGUGCAUAUCUUAAGCUAUACAUUGCCAGGAUUUCAUCCUUCCCAGGACAUUUAAAUUAGCUGCAGAAUAACUGGAGUCGCCUUUCUGUGUGUGUAACUGCAAGUCACUUCCAUGUCAGUUUGGGCAUCAACCCAAGGGAGUGGUGUGAGAUAGUAAAUCCAGGUAUGUGGGAUGAGCAUGUUGGGGGUGUCAGGAAGGGCUGUCACAUCCCUAUGCCCCCCCCCCGAUUAUGUUGCCACUCUGCCUGAGCCUCAGUGUGGCACUGCGAGGACUCUACCGUGGAGGAGGCAAGUGCCCCAACCUGUUCAAGCUCCUGUUGCAGCAGUGAGUGGCAAUCCUGGGAGCCACCAGGACAAAGGACGAUCAGGGACUGUCCAUGGGACCCAGGUUGAGGUGGCAGCAAAGGGAAGGUGCUCCAGCUGCCCUCCAAAUAUGUUAGAGGUGAGAAUGGGCUGGAGGAGGAGCUGGCCUGUACCUUCACAAGAGAUUCCCCCUCAUCCACAGCUUUUUGGGGGCACCUCUGCCAACACCCCUGCUGCUGUUGACCAGGACAAAAAGCAGGAGGCAAGUGAUCCUGAAAUCCAGCAUUACGUCAACCUGGUGAACUAAGAGCAGCCACAAAGACCCAGGAGGCCCUGAGUCACAGAAACCUGAGCUAGGCAAGGGAUUGCUUCCCACAUGUAUUGUAUAUCACAAUAUCACUACACAGGGAAGACAAAAACAACUCUCUUCUGGGUACUGCAAGAGCCCAACUGUUUUAACCUUCCUUGGCUGUCUUGUGGGAUUUUCACUCUUGCCUGGUACUCAAGAAAAGCAUCUGCUCCAGAAAGCAUACAGACUUUUAUGUCCUUCGGAGUUGAAUGUGCCAACAUGCAGUCAGCUGUAAGCUUACUGCAUCCCUUGUGCUCUCUAACGUUUGCUGCUUACACCAGCACAGCCAUCCUUCAGCUCUAUCUUAGCUUUGAACUAAGAAGCGAUAGGUUUCUCCUAGCUAUCUUGUAGAAAGAGGAGAUGCUGGAGUAAUCCAACAAACAUAUUCAUGGAUGUUGUCAGGUUUUAGCUGUGCAAGGAUUGUGGGACCUGUUGGUCAAGGCAUGUUACAGAUAUUUGUUUGAAAAACAGCCUAAAACUGCCCUGCUGUCCUGUUUGUUUUGCAGUGUGUUUUUUGUGCUGGUAGGUGGAUAUCCCAAAGAAAACCCACAAUCCUGAAUGGAAGUGCCCACCUAGUGCUCUUGGCAGCAGCAGAAGCAAACCACAGUUUAAUCUGUUGCUUUUCUGAACAAACUUCCUAUCUACUCUUAGGAGACAGCCUCUAAAGUAGCAAUAACCUCCAGAAGUGUGCUUAUUCCUUUUUAGAUGAUCCACAGUCUCAAGGUCUCAACAGCAGGUGCAGUUCCUGAAAAUUUACUGUUUCCAACUGACCCAAGAAUGGGAAAGGACUGCAAUUCCACGCCUGGUGAAGAAAUGGUCGUUUUUGCUGGCUCAUCUCUAAAGGAGCAACAGGAGCUCAGGUUCAAAAGAUGAGAUGUCCAAAGUAUUUCUACAAGCCCCCGAAAAGGGACAGAAAGUUAGAGGAACGGGCUCUUGAAACACAAGCAAGAGGUAAGAGUGAAGGCUGAACCACAGCUUGGACUUCACAGGCCCUUCUGGAGAGCAUGACGGUUCUCUGAGGGAGGACUGGGCUGCCGCCCAUGUUGUCUGUCUCUAAACUUCCUUCUGAGAGAUGCUCCUAAACGCUCUGCAACAGAGAUAUGCUGUCUUUUUACCCCUUCUGUACUGCAGGAUCAGAAAGAGAAAAGCCUGAACUGAGAGAUCCCCUUAACUUCCUCACCAUCCUAAGGAUCUUGACAAUGUGAAGUACAGAGAACACAGUUGAUCCCCCUCCAUAUUGCUACUUUACACUCAAUGUUCACAUAUUACAGUGACACAUAAAGCAUUAAUUUGUCUGUGCGCUGCUCUUUGCUUUUAGGCUCUCAUGAAUUUUAACUUCGCAUAGUGAAGCAGUUAGUAUUUUUUUAAUUACUCACAAGCGGUGCAUUUCCCUUUUAAAAUACAGGAAAAUCACAGAAAAAUACUCACUAAAUUGCCCAUGCUUGUUUUCAAAACCUAUGAGGUGCACUGGAAUAACACCCGGGGCAAGUUUGCCACUGCAGCCUUUGAGCAUUGAAGUGAGUACAGUAAAUGCAGUGAAAGCCUUGCUCACACAUGGGGCUCUUUGUCCAAGCUGAGACCCUGCUGCCCUUGAGCUGUCGCAGUAUGCCCUACAGCUGUCCUCUCUGGUUGUUCGAGACCUGUGCCAUCCUCCUCUUUGCCACACUGGGGAAGCCGAAGGUGCUGUGCAAAAGAGGACAAGCAAGGGGGUAAGAACUGAAUAUUUUUCACCUGCCCCAGCCCAAAUGCCAGGCUUCUCUAGUCUUUCAGUCUUCCAGGAGCACGUUUAGCUGUCAUUCUUGCAAAUACUCAGGGCUCAGUAGAGGAGAUCUUUUCUCCUGUCCAUCUCACCAAUGAAAGUCUUGGCAAACUGAGCAGUCCAGGUGAGCUACAUGACAGAACACCAUGGGGCAAAAUAAUACCAGUUUCAGAAAAUGUGACUCCCAGGGAAGUUUGGGCUUGAGGUAGCAGGAGCACAUGGUUUUCUAAAUUCAUUCCCAGAGGGGCUUCACUUCAACAUUCCACCAAAGGUUUCCCAGCUUUCUAGCCAAGCAGCUCAUUUUCUAAAACAAGGCAAAUCAUCAGUUUUGUGCUAGCAAUGCUUGGAGUUACCUUUUACCAGUGAAGGAGUCCUCUUCUUCUCAUUUGAGUUUUGUAUAAAUGCAGAAACUACUGUGAAAUAAGAGUUGUAAUAUAAAGAAAGGGGAGAUCAGAACAUAGUGAUCCUCUGGAUAUAGUUUGAUGCAAUUUUGAGCUGCUUGUAGAAGAUUGGCUGAAAGGUAAAUUGAUUAGGGCAAAAAAAAUUGUGCUGUUAAACUAUGUUAGUGAUUCUUCAGUAUAUGGUUUGGAAUAGCUUUUUCAUGACCUCAGACAUCUAGGAAGAUGCAUGUAUUUUUGGUGUCAGAACAAAGGUGCGACUAGCCAGCAGCUCUUGUAUUUGCAAAGCCAGCAUCCUGCCAUAAAUCGCGUCUCAGUCCAUUAACUGCAGACCCCCCAAGCUAGUGGUGGCCUCUCUGAUUUUUCCCUUCUUGUGUCUGUGUGGCACUGUGGGUACAUGUGAUAAAUGCCGUGGCAGGUAUGUGUUGGAGGGCUGUCCUUCGGGAGCCUUUGGCUCUUGGUGUAAUACUUGAUCGCCAGCUGUUGUAAAGGAUGCUGCGGCAUUUUGUGCAGCAGAAAAACUGAUUCUUCAUUCCUGGUUGGAUUUCCAGUUAGGAGAUUGUUUUCUGCCAAGCUAAACUCCCCCUGCAUUUUCAGCUGUAUGUUGCUCCCUUUCCAUUCCAGCAGAGUGUUAUGCUUGACAGCUGCUGUGUUUGAUCCCAGAAGCUGUGGUUGGUAGCAAGCAAAGUGAUCUCCAUAUAACCUCUAUCUUACUCAUGAAUGUGCAUUAUGAAGCUUAACUGAUGGUAGUAAAAUGUUUUGCCUUCAACGUGCCGUCCCUGUGGUCCAAUGUUCCCGUUUUCAGGAACCAUUAUUACAGAAGUGCAGUGUAUUAGAAUUAUUCUGCUGCCCUCUAGUUUCUCAGGAAUGUUGGGUGCAGGCAUCAACAUCUAGCAAUGCAUGUGAAUAUCCUGGUAGGACUAGGUAGCACUGAGCAGGCAUAAAGUGGUAUUUUAUUCUUUUGGCCUCAGAAAAUUGCCAGUGCUCCAAACUGCGUUGUUCUUUGGCAAAGACUGCUAUCCUCGUGGCCAAGACGCAGGCACUGACACAGGUGGACAUGCUAAGGUGCUUGAUAUCUCUCUUGGUUGUAACCCACUCUGGCAGGUUCAAGUCUGACUGGAAUAGUCUCACAGCACAAUGUUUUUAUGUUUUAUAAUAUUUUUUAUAAUAAUUUUUAAAUUUUCAACUCUAUACAAAAAAGGUGGGUUUAUACCAUCCUGCACAAUGGAUAUUUUUGUGCAGGAAAAAAAAAAGUUUUGUUCCCUAAACCGAAAGCAUGAAUUUCCAACUCUCAUUUUUGUACUGUGGGUUGUGUUAAACCUACAGCUGAUGUUUUUUUGAGUAGCUCACAGUUUCCCAUGCAUGAAGCUUGUAGAGCACAGUUCCCAAGCAUGAAUAUCUACAAAAAAUAGAUGAUUAUUUCUUCCUGGAAUUGGUCUUCCACUAUAGGAUCUGGUUUUCUGUUGUGAAAAUUUGCAUAUAAUUAGAAAUGGUCAUGUGUUUGCAUUAUGCCUAUGAUACUGUGCAAUCUUGGAUUGCUUUUGACUCUGUGGUACGCUGUGUCUGCGAAUCCCUUUAUUCACCCCUGAAAGUCUGCACUUAAUUGUAGCAUACAGAUACCUGCAGGCCUUGAUGCAGCAAAAGCCUCUGCACCCAAAAAUAAAAUGUUGCUUCUAAUAAACUUUCAAAUUAGUCUUGUUUUUGGAGACUGGAGAAGUUGCCAAGAUUAUUCACCUGAAAAUCUGGUGCACUGGCUAAACCACGAUUUCACUCAUUUCUUAAAAACCAGCUCUGAGCAAAGCUCGAGCUGAAGGUAAGACCAUGAGCUAACACACUCUCCUGUAAGAAAGGAACAUUGAAUAAAAAGACCUGGGAAAUGAGCAGUUUUGGUAUUGCAGAUUCUCAGUACGUACCCUGUUUGGGUUUGGUCUCAAUUUUGAGGUCAGUGUUACCAGCAAUGUUCUCCAAGUGUCUACAGAUAUAAGAAGUUAUGACAUGGUAGUAUAUGAUCACACAGUCUUGCAAGAUCUACAUAUUGUAUUUGAUAACAACAGUGAUGGAAAAUGCUGCCUUGCCCAAAGAGAGGCAUAACAAUUGCUUUUCAUACUGGAAGACUCCAGCAUCAUUUACCUUAAAGCAAUACUGUGAAAAUGUGGACACUUUUCCCCUAGAGAAUUUUGGGUGGGAGAGAGGGAUGGAUGUAGAGCAGGCCGGCUUUUAUUUUCAAUCGCUGCUGCCUUAAGCUGCUCAGAGGGUUGAAAUUAAAAAUGUAGAGCUACGAAUGUGAACUUGCUGCUUUAAAGAGAGGGGCUUCUUCACUGCAGGGGCCAGGCAGCAUCUUGGGCUCCCUUCCUCUGCCUUCCGGGGCCUUUCCCAGCCGUUGCUUUCCGCUUCUGCACCUGCAAAGCCAGGUCUGCAUCUCAGCUCUUGGCUGUGUGGCCUGGCUCUUUGCUUGUUUAAAUACAGGUCAUUGGAUAUAAGUGACCUAUUUUGUAGGUCGCUUAUUGCCCUUUGUAAUCUUUUACCCAUGGUAUUUGCGUUGUCUGGUUCUGGAAAACCCUCUUCCUAGUGUCUGUUCUUUAAUUAGGUAUGUGAAAACAUUGACAGCUUUAACUGAAAUGUACCGCUACAAACGCAAGGCACCUUUCAAAUCGUUGUGCUUAACCUCAAAGUGAUUUACAAAAUGUGCAAAGUGCUGCCAAACACAAACAGUGGACUCUGACGGUAAACUCCAGCAAGCGAAUACUUUUGUUUUUAAAGGAGCUUUCUCCUUAAAAAGAUUCUCAUUGGGAUCACAUGCCCCAGAUGUUGGGCAGCCAGAUGUUUCCUUGGCAAUCACUCGGGGUGGUUGAUCACAAGGUGUGUUGUGUUGUGAGGGCCUGGGAUGUCAUUCGGAAUAUUCAGUGACCGUUUUCUUGGUGCCCAGUAAAACAUUUUGAGGACUGAAAGUCCAGCUCCCCACCCACCCACACACCCUUUUUGGGUUUUUUGUCCCUUUAUUUGAAGAAAAACGUCUCAUUGCUGAACUGGGAUGAGCUCCCAAAAUCAGGGGAUGAAAGGCUGUAAAAAUCUAAAGCACAUCAUAACUGCUCAUCUCCCUCAAGGUAACCCUGGCUAGGGCUUCUGUCAGACUCAGCUGGUUCAGGGGUGCGGUUGGUUAUGUUACGAUUCACUCGUGCAGCUUCACUGGCCCGAAGGAUGGUGCAGGACCUAGCAGAGACGCUGGCCCCGCUCUGAGCAAGACGAGAGACUCCCAGAAGCCCCUUCUCACUUAAAGCCUUUUGUGAUUCUUACAUGCCCAUGUAAAGGAUGAGCAACACAACAUUUAUGCUCAGCUUUCUUGCUUCUUCCAUGGCUUCCUCUCUUCUCUGGCUUUGUUUUCCCAACUUUGCAGGUUCUUGAUGUUUCUGUGCCCUGAUACUCCAGCUGCCCACUCCUGAUCUCCCUGAACUGAACCACCUGGUCCUGCAGCGCCUGCCUGAGAUGGCUUUCAGGUCAGCGUGAUCGUUUGCAGGGACCAAAAAAGCAGACAUCAGCAACUGGAAGAGACCAUGUGGCCGUACCAAGUGCAGCUCACGUGUUCUUUUUUUAAAUAAAGGCGUAUCUGACAUCUGGAGGCGGAAAUCCACAUUUUUCAGCCUUCUUUCAGAACGCAGCAGCGAUAGACAGUGUCUGAGCACAGACGGAUAUACCAAGAGUCCUUUUGGUGGCUGGUGCUCAGCUUUGUCUUCAUGUAGCUUCAUGCCUUACCAUAUGUAGCUUGUUAUUCAUUCUCUCAUAGCUGGGUAGUACCCAGUGCUAGACAUGUUAAGGCGAUACCUGCUAAUCCAAAGUCCUUCUUUGGCAUGUUUGCCUUUAUAGAAAUGAAGAUCCGACAUUAGAACCAUCAUGUUCAGUAGACUCUUUUCAUCGUCUUGUUAGUGUAUGAAAUGUCCUUUUGCUCAUAGGGUGGUUAAGAAAAAGAAAACAGCUUAAUGCAUAGUCAGAAAGCUUAAAAAAACAACAAAAACCCACAAAUAAGUAAGUAAAUAGGCUAAGUGUAAGAUAGCGUGUAAAAGGAGGCAGUCGGCAGCACGACUCCUCCCUAAACUACAUGAACAAGCAGCAGUGCAGCUUGCCAUGACGCUGGGCAGGCUCACCAGGCUUGCUUUUGCUAGACUGGGAGUAUCACAGUAGCAAAGACUUGUAACUGUCCUGAGAGACAUUUGUUUUUCUCAUAGGCCACGUCCCUUUACUUUCCCAACUGGUUUGUGUUAAUGGCAUUAAUGGAACUGUCCUUUAGUGUAGCCGAAACGGUGUCGAGGUGUUUGCUUGUCCGUGUCCCUGAGCUGAGCAGCAGUGGCGUGCACCGCUCUGCAGUGGUGUGAUUUGAAGCCCUUUUGGUGUGGCAUGUGCAGUCGUGGUGCUGUAUGUUUUUGAUUUCGUCCCUACCUACCAUACACGAUCUCCCCACAUUUUGGACGCUGAACCAACCCAACUUUAAAACUAGCACUUUAAGUACUAGUAGUCACUUUGCUCCUGACUAUAUUGAGCACUGCACUUUUGUAAGUACUAUUAGCACUGAGUUUGGAACCAUUUGUUUCUCCCAGUCUGUGCAGCCUCUGAUGCGCGGCAUUAAUGAUGUAGGGGCUGUCAGAAGAUCAUUUUGAGGUGUAUGUGACCACUGUCUGGUGCCUAAUUUCCAUUACAUAUGCGUUAGCGAUUUUAUGAAUUAGGGGAAUAAACCUAUCAGAACUCAUUUUAAAUAACAGAACAAACGUCUGAAUCACUGAUGUCUGAGCAGACAUGGUUGUUCGGAACUUGGAGGUCACCCAGAGAACUGAGAGCAUGGUUUUUAAAACACCAAAGAUACAGGAGGAGUUGCACAGGGGGUCGGGAGGGUGCAAGAUUGUAUAUUUUACACUUCGAAUUGCACAGACCACAGGAUGUGACAAAGCUCGAGCGAGAAGCACGUGGCAGGUACUCUCGAUUUUGGCAUGAGAACUCGGCCUUCAUUAUCAGGAUGGGUCAAUAAGAAGCAAAGUUAAAACCACUCUUUGAUGCUGGUGUCGGUAAAGACUGCGCUCAAGCCAUUGCAAUAAAAGCCAUCACUGUGCCUGUACUGAAAGUGCUGUUGAGAUGGUGUGUGGGCUUAAACUACAACAGGUGGUUUUAAACAAAAUACUUGCAGAUGAUUUAGAAGACGGAGCAUAAUGACUGUUGGGUUUGCUGUUGAAUCGCAAAAGCCGUGGUAGGAGUUCAUCAGGUUUUGCAUUAGGAAGCAAUUUUGGCAUGCAUUGCUGUUCUUGUUAAAUCUGUGCAACAACAAGGUAUGGAUGCUUUGCAGCCUGAGCUCCCUCACCAGCAAGAAACUGAUGGGAUAGAGUUUGUCCCAAACAGCAGAUGUAGCUGUGAUCCUCGGGGGUUCGAAAUUGGGCGAUGAUCUGUCAUGUAGACUAUCCCAGGUUUGGUAUCCCAAACUGUAAAUUUGCAAACCACUGAUGGUGUUUUGCUUCUUUCCAAACCCUGAUGGGUUUUGUGUAGCAUUGGAGUUGUUGCGAGGGUGCUGCAUGUCCUUUCCAUGAGGAGAUCCACAUUUCAGACUCCUCUUCAUCCUGGUUUACUAUAGUCUAUUGAAGCCUUUUCUGGCAAUACCCCUUGAUGGCUGUUUCUGCCUUGAUGUGAUGGAUAAGGGCCGCUGUUUGUAGCAGUCAGUUGCAGGAUCAGUGUGAACUGAGAAAAGCAAAUUGGAUCUUGGCCUUCACUGUUAGCAAGUGGAUGUGGUGGAAAUAACCUUUAGAGAGAAAAGUAGGAAUAUUGUUUUUGCUUCUUUCAGCAGAUGAACAAUUUUUUCCUGACCAACUCCAGUUUGGGGAGAUGUUUUUGCUUGGGUUCAGUUUAAGCUUUUUUCUUCAAUGGACCUUUAUAGGUUUGGAUAUUCAGUCAGAAGUGGAAGUGAUUAAAAAAAACCAAACCCUGAGCAGCCUGAAGUGUUAAGCUCAUAUAUUCUAUAUCAUUUGAUUUUUAAAGUGAUAAUGCAAAAUAGAAUCCAGAUUUUUUUUUUUUUUUUACAGCCAAAUUAACUCUGCAAAUACAGCUUUAAAGAAAUAUUAUCUGGCAACAUUGCUACAUCUUAGCCCUCAAAUUAUAGCGGACGCAGGGACAGCCUUUCCAGAAAGUAACUUUGUGACUUAGAGCUUAGAUCCUGCUCACUUUUGCUAAGAUGUAGGCUUAUACUUUUGAAAAUUCAGCCCGUGCUGUAACCCCACAGUGAGCUAAACGGUCUCGUUUAGUCUUUGGAAAUGAAGCUUGUGAGGAAGGGGAAGAGACACCAGGUCUUCCCCCCCCCCCCCCCCCAUGGGUGUAGUUUUCUGCCCCUUCAAGUUGGCAUCUUGUCCUCUGGAAACUAAAAGUAAGUGUUUUCCACUGCACGACACAACAUGAGGCCCAAAUGUAACCUAGAGCACAGCAUCUCUUUCUUUGGAAGAACCUUUUAAGAGGAAAAAAGUUAUUUUAGGGAUUUUUAGUUGUUUGGUUUUAAGGUAGUUCAUGGAAAAUGCAUUGUAACAGCACACAGACAAUGUUUUACUGACCUUUUCUUUUUAGGAGACUUUUUAAUUUCCUUCUGUAGUUUAGAGUUCUUUUUGGAAAGUAUUUCAGACACAUACAGAUGACCUUGAAAUGAGUCAAGUUUAUCAAAAAAAUUGCGCAUUGCAGGAAGCUGUCUCAAAACGCACACAUACCCAUGCACCCAUCUGUGUGUAUGUGUGUGUAUACAUACAUAUAUAUAUAUUUUUUUCCCCGGCUGUUCUAUUUUUGAUUUUUUUUUCAGGAUAUUAACCAAAAGGUGUUUUAAAGUCAUGGCAUGAAAAAUCCUAAAUGUAAAUCUGAGUACAUUGUGAUGCUGAUUAACAGGUUUUCUGAAACUUAUGUGAUGCUUAAUAUUUUCCUUGGGAAGUUUUGUUUCAUGUUAGAUCAUUGUUCUGAGGGAUGUCGGUCCUACUGGCAUUAAAAUAACGGAAAUAAAAUGCAUGUGUUACCAGUGUAGAAACGGUGAAGAAUUAAGUGUGAACUUUACUGUACGAUACUGAAUCUGUUCUCAAACAAGCUGUUUUGCUGUUCAAUAGUCGACAUAUAAAAAUGCAAAUGUACUGUAACUUAGCACUUUCCCAAUGGACCCUGUUCUCACUAUGCCAGAGGUAAGAGGCAGGUUUGGCUGGGGGCGUCUGAGAGGCGGUUUCUCUGGGCACCUUGGUGCCAUCCCCACUUGCAUUAGCACAUCGGGAAGAGGAGGAAGCUCUGAAUCCUUCUGGCAUAUCUUGUUACUGGAACUGGCCAGAAGGAAGCGCAAAUUUUGGAAUCUCUUUAAAAAGAGAUUUUCCUAUCAGCUCAGCGUGGGGCAGAGGCUAGCUGGCACGGUUCGACUGGGAUGUGCCAGCAGUUGGGAUUUCGGGGAUGCUGGUGCCCAGGGAGCUGGCAGCAGCAGAGAUUUUGGGAGUGGGUGCCCAGCACUGCCACCGCCUCCCUCCUGCCCGAAUCCCAAGCGAGGGACGUGGCCAUUUCUAGUGUUAACAGGGUGCAAAGUGUUACUUGUCCUGUACUGUACUGAAAGGGUGAAUUGAUCAGUGACUGUAUUGUACUGUAUGAAAACUCAUAAAUUGCCUUGUAUUGUUUAUAACGGACUGUCCGGACUGUCCCGUGUCCCUACGCCCCACCCCCAGGUUUUUCGGUGAUGCGUGUUAUCAGUUAGGUCCCACAACUCAGUGGUGCUAAUUCUCCCAUAUCUGAUGGUGCUCCUGUGGACACUAACUGAGGACAUGCUCAUCGCAGCUUGAAGUCUAUGUGUCUUUCCCAUCCGUUUGUACGACGUAAGACACACACACACACGCAGCGAUAAACUUGAAUUUGUUUCAAAGUACCAUUGACAAUCUGAUAUUUUCUAUGUGUGCUUUUAUUUGGCUUUUCCAGAAAGCAGCUUUGUGGGUGCCUGUUUUUGCUGGGAGGCAAUUUCAUCCCACCUGCUUUGCAGAUUCGGUCAGGGGAGGUUAAUCCAAUAGGAGCCAGCGGGGACGAGGAGGUCUCAUGGAGGGGUUGCCUUUUUGGGGAGACUAGAGCUGAAAGUGUUUGGAAUUAGCCCCAGUGCUGCUGUCCCCCGCCCCAGGGACGAGGGUGAACAUCGCACAUCUUGGCUGGCAGAGGAGGUCCCACCUGAUGCCACAGUUUUGUGGCCUGUCGGAUGAAGGGAGCAAACAUCUCCUCCUCCCCACAUCCCUGCACGAGCUGCUUUUUGGACAAGAGAAAAUCCCAAUAUGUUUUAUAUCUACUUGAAAACCGAGUCUGGUAUUUACCCCUGUUACCAACUGGAUUUGCAUAUUGUUGUUUGCCACAAUAUUUGUUCUGUCUUAAAAUAAAUUUGCUUACUUGUGUAGUCUUAA